UAUAAUGUUAACUCUAAAUUAUCUUUUUAUUAAACUUUCAUUAGAAAAAAAAUGAUACCUAACAGUCAAAGACUACACAUAAUUAAAAUUCGAACGAAAAAAAAUGUGGAUCUAUAAUAGAAUUUGUAUAAUUAUUACGAUGAUACUUUUGAUUAAUUGAGGUUCUAAUAUUUUCAUCCUUAUGACUAAUUGUAUGUAUUGUGUAAUUUUCUAGUUAACGAAUUGAUUGGUAAACAUAUUUAUGUUUCAUGAAUCCUUAGAGGUUUGAUGGAAUGGGGUCACGGAUAAGGAAUGAUGUGGCACAUUUAUUCGAAUGUUUUUGUGAAGUGGUAGAGCCAAGCAAUGAAAUUAAGGAACCAUGGAUUUUACAAAAAUUUCCUGAACACUAUAAACAUGAAGAUAUACUAACUACCGUACCAAAGUUUGCAUAUCCUUGUGAAUUUGAUAGAAGUGUCGUCCAGCAUUUCUCGUUUGUUUUGACCAGCAUUGAAUCAAAAUGGACUUUUGGUUUUUGUAGACAUGAUCCUAAAUCUGAAACAGCAUUAGUUGUGCUCAGUUAUCUCCCUUGGCAUGAAUCAUUUUAUAAGUUUUUAAAUUGUAUUUCAAGUCUUACUAACAGCUCUAAGUCCAAAGAUCUUUGGCCUUUUUUAGAACAUGUGUAUAAUAGCAAACUACCAAUCAAAGGAUGUGAUUUAAGAGUUACCAAUGAGAAAGGAGAGGAGUUAUUUAUUUGUCAGUCGCCAAUUCAGUUCCAGUUACCUAGCAUUCCCGAAAAUAGAAAUUUAACAGAAUAUUACAAUGCAGUUGAUAGUGAAAAUAUGAUCAAAAUUUUUGCAUCAAUGUUAUUUGAACGACGUAUUAUUUUUACUUCUAAAAAACUUUAUAGAUUGAGUGCCUGUGUCCAAUCAGCAAAUGCAAUUCUUUAUCCAAUGAUUUGGCAACAUAUAUUCAUCCCAGUCUUGCCUCAUUCUCUUAUUGAUUAUUUACUAGCACCGAUGCCCUAUUUAAUUGGUUUGCCACAUUCUUUAUUACAAAAUUUUAGGCAUAAUGAUUUAGGUGAUGUCAUUAUUUUAGAUGCGGAUACUAAUACUAUUCUAACACCUUUUGAUGAUAUAGAUCAACUUCCUACAGACGUGGUGUCAAAUUUGAAGCGUCAAUUGCGUAAUAGGGGUACACUUUUAGGAGAUGGUGUAUCAAGGUCAUUUCUUCGUGCAUUAGUUCAUUUAAUUGGAGGUUAUAGGGAUGCGUUGAAGUUUCAUCAAGGGGAACGUAUAACAUUUAAUAAGGAAGCAUUUAUAGAAUCUAGAUCCACAAACAUGCAACCAUUUUUGAAAAAAAUGUUAGAAUUACAAAUUUUUCAGCAGUUUAUAGAAGAACGUCUAGAAAUGUUAAACGCUGGAUUGGGUUUUUCUGAUGAGUUUGAAAUGGAGGUGUGCAACUAUCAUGAAAAGUCUAGUAAUAAAUUAAAACAGCAGUACAAAGAAUGGACGUAUACAGUAAAACGAGAAGGAUCUGCUUUUUUUAAAUCUGUUAAAAAUGUUGUGAAAGAACGUGGAAGAGAUGUUAGGUUAGCCUAUAAAGGAUUUCGAUUGAAACUCAAUGUUCAAAAUAAAAAUCCUCGAACUAAAAUUAACACACAACCAAAUUCUGCACCUAGUUCUCCGUCAGCUCAAAGAAGAUCAACACGGCCUCACACAACCGCUUUUUCAACACCUUCCACUAGCUAUCAUAAAGAAAUACCAAAUGGUGUUCAGCGAUUAAACUCUGCUCAAAACGUGUUGUCAGAAGUACCAGGAUCUCCGCCACUUCAACUGAACAUGGAUUUAAUGGUAGAUUUAGAAGAUGUAAUAUUUAGGAAAUUUCCAAAAAAUAACACACCUAGUUCACUAUCAAAUUUUGAUGGAGUUAGUAGUGCAAGCGAUAAUAUAAAUGGAAUAGGCAAUGAAGAUGUAUUCAAUACAUCUUUUGGAUCAGCACCUACUGUCUGUCCAAUGGAAACAAAAGACUUGAUACGAUUAGACUCAAAUUCCAGUACUAGUAUAGACGAUUUUGAUCCAUUAAAAAAUCCAGCUGAUAAUUAUGGUCUGGUACCCGGUGUAGGGCUCACCAAUCCAUUAUAUCAGUAUUUUGUACCAUUGAGUAAAGGUCAAAAAGAAUCUCAAAAUACUAAUGAUUUACUUAGUGAGUAUGGUUUAAAUUUUGAUUCUUUGAGUUUAUCUGGCCAACCAGGUGUCUCUACUAUGAUGGAAAGUCGAUCUUCAGUUCCACCCUUACCACCAAAACCAGCUAAUUUUAAAUCAAAUUGGACCAAAUUUGAAUAAUUAUCUUUAAAGAGUAUUUAAUUUACGAUAAAUAUUCUACAUAAAAACUACAGUAUUUUUGUAUGCCCCAUAAAUCAUUAUACUAUAGUUAAUUGAAUUUUCUAGCUAUAAAACAUGUUAUAAUUGUUUUUA